AUGGAUAAAAGCAAAUCAUCCAGAGCUAGCAGCGCAACUUGUGCCGAAUACAGUGAACCUGCAUUUUCAACAGUGUCAAAACAAGCCAUUACUAGCGCCACUGUUGAAACUUCCUCAGAAGACUUUCGAGCACGACCAAGAAGAAUCGUGCAAAAUUUCCUUUUAGUAUGGCUUGAUGCUAAUAUUGACGAAAGAAAGGAAGAUUUUGAAAAGUCACUGGCAAAGCUUCGAAACAUUGCUGUGACAGUAGAACCAUUUACUGACGCCGACCAAUGCGUUGACUACCUAACAAGUGUAGAUGAUCAGAAAAUUUAUUUAAUUACCUCUGCGUCACUUGGCCAAAUGACAGUACCGCUUAUACACGAUAUUACUCAACUUGAUAAGAUUUUCGUUUUAUGCUCAAAUAAAGAUGAACACAAAGUAUGGGAGAAUGAAUGUUCGAAAGUAAGAGGUAUUUACGACUCACGAUGCCAUUCGUCAAGGACAUUCGCAUUUACGUAUAAUAGAAAUUUUCUCAUAUCUCAAUUGAAUGUCUAA